UCUUUUGCGUAAAGGACCGAAUCUGAAUCAUGUAUUGCGCAGAAUCUCAGCUCAUUUAGGAUUAAUUUUCAGGAGAGGCGCAUCUCAACCUCACAGGAUGCGAGACGCGCGCUGAAUGGAUUUUGGGCAGGGGGGGAACAAACUUGCGCAAAGAGCCUGAUUCUGCACAAGUAUCGAUCACUUGUCACAAGUCGGGGAUUGACACAAUGGCAGCCUUACGGAAGAAAUUUGGCGAGGACUACCAGGUGGUUAACACAAACCAGGGCAUUACUUUUUCCGCACAGGUGAAGAAGAAGCGGCAGCGGUUCGUGGAGAAGAACGGCCGCUGCAAUGUCCAGCACGGUAACCUUGGCGGGGAGACCAGCCGGUACAUCUCCGAUCUGUUCACCACUCUGGUGGAUCUUAAGUGGCGCUGGAACCUACUCAUCUUCAUCCUCACUUACACAGUCGCGUGGCUGGUCAUGGCUUCAAUGUGGUGGGUGAUCGCCUUUAUCCGGGGCGACCUGAGCAACGGCGGCCACGACGACUCCUACACCCCGUGCGUCGCCAACGUGUACAACUUUCCCUCCGCGUUCCUGUUUUUCAUCGAGACCGAAGCGACGAUCGGCUACGGCUUCCGCUACAUCACUGAAAAGUGCCCGGAGGGUAUCAUCCUCUUCCUCUUCCAGUCGCUGCUGGGCUCCAUCGUGGACGCCUUCCUCAUCGGAUGCAUGUUCAUCAAGAUGUCGCAGCCGAAGAAGCGCGCAGAGACGCUGAUGUUCAGCCAGGAAGCGGUCAUUUCGCAGCGGGACGGGAAGUUGUGCCUCAUGUUCCGAGUGGGGAACCUGCGGAACAGCCAUAUGGUGUCCGCGCAAAUCAGGUGCAAACUCAUCAAGUCUCGGCAAACCCCAGAGGGCGAGUUCCUUCCCCUGGACCAGUGCGAGCUGGAUGUGGGUUUUGGGACGGGGGCGGACCAACUCUUUCUGGUGUCGCCUCUAACCAUCUGCCAUGAGAUCAACACCAAGAGCCCGUUCUUUGAUCUGUCGCAGCGCUCACUCAUGAAUGAGGAGUUUGAGAUCGUUGUCAUCCUCGAGGGCAUCGUGGAAACCACUGGGAUGACAUGCCAGGCGAGGACAUCUUACACCGAAGAUGAAGUCUUGUGGGGCCAUCGUUUCCUCCCCGUCAUGUCACUGGAGGAGGGCUUCUUCAGAGUCGACUACUCCCAAUUCCACAACCACUUUGAGGUCAAUAUCCCUCCCUACAGCGUCAAAGAGCAUGAGGAGAAGUCCUCUCUGACGACGGCAAACUCGCUCCCUGCCGCACUGACCAGCUCCUCUCCCCAGCUGGGAAACAGUAGCCGUGGAGGUCGCAGAGAAAGGCUCCUUUCAGCCGACUAUGCAGACCACGUAGAUGACAAAACAUCCAGGCUACCGAGCAAACUCCAGCGCAUGAACUCCACUAAAGAUGAGCACCACUGGCGGGGACUGAAGACAGGGUCAGUCCUGCCUGGGGGAAAGGCCUCCAGCACAGGAGACCUUCCACUUAGUAUUCAGAGGCUGAGGUCUAGCUCCAUCCCCGUUGUGAAGAAAGAACAGCUGGAUGAGCAGGUCCAGCUGCUGUCCUUGGAUGGAGAUGUUGAGGAGUGUGAGAUGGAUAAACACAGACUGCCUAAAGCCAUUAGCACCAUUUAUGCUCCAACCCCGGUUCAGAUUCCCUCAAAAGGGGGUCGGCCAGAGGACAACCUGCCCGCCAAACUGCGCAGAAUGAACGCUGACCGCUGACUUCUGCAGACUACUUUUAAGACGUUUUGAAAUUAAAUCAGGCUUGAUGGGCAUUGCAUAUAAACAAAGACUACUGUGAUACAAGUUUUAUUUUUUUUCUGCAGAUUUGGGCCAGUAUUUUACAUUUAAUUAGGGGCUCUCUACUUAGUUGUCCAUUGCCACAAAUAGAAGGACAACGCCAAUAAGCCAUCCAUCCGCUCAUACUGUAAGUCAUUUUUGAUAGAUCACCAUUUGUGCCCCCCACUGACUUUAAACACUUCCCUUGUUUCUUUCACUGUCUUUCUUCUUAGAGUUGCAUUACAUACUUUAUUAUCUUAAAAGACUAUACCCGUUAAUUACCAAAG